UUGGCAUUCAUGUUGCGGCAACAACAUCCUUGAGCUGCAAAAUGAAUAUGGCACUUGGGACGAGGCUUACAAGAGGUGCUGCUCCCUUGGAAUGGACCUAAUUUCAGUGCACAAUUCAGUCAAGCAAGACUGCUUGGGCAAUCCUUACAAAAAUAGUAACCCGAAUGAGAAAGGGUAUCUGCCUUUUCGGACAGAGGCCUGGACGGCGGGGCGGGAUAUCGAUUCUUGCCGCGGAAAAUUCCGAUGGUGCACCGGCUACCUGAACGACUACCUGAAAAAUGACCUGACUUGGAAAAAGGGCCACGAUCCGAGAUUCUCAAACAAAUCAUGCGUCCUUAUUGAUUUUGGGGAUCCAGUUUUGCCUAGUCUUGCGCUGGCAGAUUGCUCGGAAAAGAAACAGAUCAUCUGCGAGGCGCCCAUGGGAGUCGGCUUCAAAUCGCAGAUGCACUAUCACCCUUGCAGGAGGAAUUACAAAGUUAAAGAUAGUGACGCCGAGAAAUUAUGGAACACUGGUGAUUUGAGCCGCACCAGUUACGCAGCCAAAAAAAUGAUUCAAUGCGUCGCAGAGCACAUAGGACUGGUGUACAACUCGACACAAAUCAACCUGCACGCUUACCUGAGAUGGAUGUCCAGAAUGGUGGAUCCACUGAACUUCGCUUUGAAACAAAAAGUGAAGGAUGACCAAGAAACGUUCUUCUCGUCAUUCGAAGCCCAGUUUUCUGGUAAAGAGAUCAUCAAUACAAUGAAGAAUGUAUUGAUUAAUGACGCACUGGACGAUUUACUCUCUGCCCACUUUGAUUUUGCGACCGAAAUGAUGAAAAAACUCUACCAAUGCAAAGGAAUCAACUGUACGAACAAGGAAUCGUUCGCGUUUGACUUCCUGAUGUGUCUCCUUCAGUCCAGACAGUUGGACCGCUUCUGGAAAUUUUACGAUUUCAACUUGGAACAACGCAGUGUGAUGCCCGCGGACCGCGAAAUAAACUUGCCAUGCACGAUGUUUGACAAUUUUAUUAAAUAUGAUUCGUCUUUGUGCAUUCCAGCGGGUGGCUUGUUUCGGCUGAAUGAUGCUGCUUUUCUUACCCAGAGUCCGAUCAAUUUAGAAAUGUUCAAAUCGUCUUCUUUCACCGCGUGUUUGGAGAGAAAUGGCUCGCUUCCUUACGCGGAAACCAAGGAGGAGUUUGAAACGAUCUACAAUUAUAUCAGAGGUGUGGCUCCGAAUCUGACGAUCAUCUGGGACCAAGGAUUCUACGACAAGCUGAACAAGAAAUUCAUGUGGUGCCGCAGUGAUUUCAUCCCCUUCGGACCUGGGGCUAAUAUUCCGAUCCCUGUCGCCGUGAACGCGACGACCAAAGAGGACUUCGUGAUGCUGGUCUCGCUGCCGGGUGCGACGCCAAAUCUGCACGCCGUCCAAGCCACCGAGCAGCUCAAGUACCAAACCGAUGUCUUCUGCCGCAUUCCAAAAUCCGUCGUGGUCGAGUGCUUGACCCUCAACCCAGAAGAGACGUCGGAGUACUAAUUGCAUUAAAAUUCGAAUUGGGAUUUAAUUUGUCAACAUUUAAU